GCGUUGCCAUGGCCACGGCGUCGCCCUCCCCCCGCCGGGUCCGGUACAGGUCCCGGUGCAGGUCCCGGUGCCGGUCCCGGUGAGCAAUGGGCAGCGGCGGCUCCGCGGGGCGCGGGGCCCGGCUGGCGGCAGCCGAGGGCCCCGACGGCGUCGAGCAGCGGCUGGAGGUGCGGGGCCGGCAGGUCCCGGCCGAGCUGUGGGCUCAGCAGGGGCUGCGGAAGCUCUACCUGAGCGACGCGGGGCUGCGGGAGGUCCCGGACGAGCUGGCGGAGCUGCAGCACCUGCGGACCCUCGCUCUGGACGGCAACGAGCUGAUGGAGGUGCCCGAGGCCGUGUGCGACCUGCCCCACCUGGCGCACCUGUAUCUGGGCCGCAACGGGCUGCAGGGGCUGCCGCCCUCCUUCGCCCAGCUCCAGAGCCUGCGCUGCCUCUGGAUCGAGGGAAACUUCUUGGCGCACUUCCCCCGCGCCCUCCUGCAGCUGCCGGAGCUGCGCAGUCUCCAGCUGGGGGACAACCGGCUGUGCCGGCUGCCUGCGGCGCUGCCCCGCAUGGCCGGCCUGCGGGGGCUCUGGCUCUACGGGAACCGCUUCCAGGAGUUCCCGCCCGUGCUGCUCCGCAUGGAUCACAUCCGCGUCCUCGACCUGGAUCGCAACCGCAUCGCCAGCUUCCCGGACCUCACCGGCCUCGCUGCCCUGCGCCUCCUGUCCUACGACCACAAUCCCGUCCGGCAGCCGCCCCGCGUCGGGGAUGAAGUGCAGCUGGUGGGGGACGGGGCGCAGGAAUACAUGGAAGCGCGGCAGGAGCGGCUGCAGAGCCUGCAGCGCCAGGAGGAGGAGGAGGAGGAGGGCACCGAGGCCGCCCCGGUAUCUCCCGAGGAUGGGCCGGAGGAUGGGGAGGGGGAAUUUGCAGCCCUGACGGGAUCUCCUGAGGAAACGUGAGCUGCUGUCCCCCUCAAGGGGUGCAGAGCCUCCAUCUAUCUUCCAAGAAAUUCCCAUCUAGGGCUGGGAAAGGAGGAAGUUCACAGCCUCCCCAAAGGAAAAGCCAAUGGUCUAAGGAUCAGCCUUAUCCAGCUGGGGCAGCAGUGUUGUGUCCUGGAUCAACAGGGCUCAUGGAUCCUAAUGGUUAUCCCACCUGAGAGCAUCCCACCUACUCCAGGGUGAUCCCCCAUUUCCACCCCACAAGAACAGGAACAUUUCCACUCCUCCACCUCUGAAAAUCCUUUACUCCUGUCCCAACGGGCAGCACAGGAAAAAGCGAUGCUGGUUGCAUCCAUUCCAUGGAUCCCAUCAUCCUGGAGAGCUCCGAGGUUUGGGAACAGGGUCACAGACCCUGAGAACCCCAUCUUGCUGCUGGAACUGGGCCGGGGGAGAGAAUUUUCCACCAGGCUCCUCCUGGCCAUCAGGCUUGGGAAGGAACCAAUGGAAAUUCCACCUGGGUCAAUGCACUGCCUGUCUCCAACCUGAACAAGGUUUUGCCUCUGUGGGAAGAGGAGGCCCAUCCCUGGCACUGUCUGUUCCAAAACGGACACCAGAUCCAGGGUUGACACCUUAUCCUUCCUCUUCCUCUCUCCAAGUGCCUCUUGGACCAAACACAAGCAAUAAAAAGCACAAAUCCAA